AUGCCGAAUUGUUCAGUUUUUUGCUGCAAAAAGAGAUCAAACACGUCAAGUUUAGAAAAAGAUGGGGUUACCUUUCAUAUGUUUCCUAAAGAUCCAAAUUUAAGAAAUACCUGGAAGUACUUUUGUAAUAACAAACUUACCUGGAUUCCCACAAGAAACAGUGUCAUUUGCUCAGAUCAUUUCAAGACCUCUGACUUUCAAGAAUUGGCAAACAAUAGAAGGAGAUUAGUCGAGGGCGCCAAACCAACUCUAACACCACACUGUAUUUGUGCCAGCCAGAGCCAUCAAUUAUCAUUUACUAUAACUGAUUCGUUGUUAUCUACGUGUACAACAUCAAGUCCCCAACAUAGCCAGAGCCAUCAAUUAUCAUUUACUAUAACUGAUUCAUUGACAUCUGCGUGUACAACAUCAAGCCCUCAACAUGCUCAGUCAAAAGGAACAUCUAAAAAUUAUAAUUCGAUUCCUAUUGCACUUACACCCAGAGAAAGAAAAAUGCAGCAAAAGCUAGAUGACCAGAAGAAAAAAAUUAAAAGGCUCCACUCUAAAAACCUUUACUUAAAGAAAAAAAUUGCUGGGUUAAGAGAAAUUCUCCUGAGUCUGGAUGAAAAAUCUUUUAAUGAUAAAAAAGAAAGGAUGGUCAUUGAAAAAAAUCGCGUUGAAGAAAUAUAA